GUUAGCUAUAGGUUGUUUUGUUGCCUGUUGAAAAAACAACAAGAAAAAUAAGGGACACCCAAAGAAACACCAACCAAACUGUACAGUGUGGAGAAUUUUGCGUCUUCGAUUUAUAGCUGAAUCGAAAACGAAAAAUAGUUUCUGUUCUGUUUCACCCUUACGGAAAAUUACGCAAGUGAAAAUUGCUUUUGGUACAUACUAAAGAGCUAUUUCAGUAGUCACCGCUCUUUUUCUACAGCGACUGCAAAUGCCACUGAGUAGUGCAUUAUAAUAGGUGCAAAGCGAAAUUUUCUAAUAGUUGGUUUCGUAAACUAAGUGAAUUGAAAAAAAACAAACAACGAGUGGAAAAAGCACGGCAGAAAUCCAUCAGGAAGUAAUCAGAGAGUGAAAAGUGAAGCUAAAUCGAAAAAACAACGUGCUCGUACUGAGGAGUUUUUUUCUAGUCCGACUGUGAAGUACUAAAAUAAGGCAGUAGUAAACUGAGUAGUGUGCGAGUGAAUUUACACUUUGACUGGUAGUAUUGAAUUGCGAGAGUUGACGGGUAGAUAGAAGAAACACGAGCCUCGUAUUCUGAAACAUCAGUAAAAGUAGGAAAAUGCCAUUCAUUUCGAAGGAUUGGCGGUCGCCUGGUGAAGCUUGGGUGAAAACAGACGAAGGUUGGGAGAAGCUGAAAGUGCUAGAAUGCGUCAAGCGGAAAAGAUGUAUCUCCGAAUGUAGUAGUUCCAGUGACACCGAAAACGACAACGAAAAUGGCGACGUCGAAAUACCACCACACUGCCACAUAACGCUUAAGUGUACUCGGGAGAUUGCCGGCUUCAACGGACUGGGAGAGGCCGUCCGGCGACUAGAUUUCCGUAGCUCCGUCCGUGAUGGUCGACGAUUCAACUACGUGUGUGCGCUGCUGCGACUAUUAGUUUCUGGUAAGGGAAUCACUAGUCUUCCAGGCGGAGCCCAACGGUUACUGUUGCAGAUGCUGGAGGAAGUAGCGACCUAUGUGAGUGAUUCACAACAGAACAUCAAUGUUCUACGAGGCUUAGUGCAACAGCUACGGUCGCUCGUAAACCAGGAAAAUCAGAAAUGUUGGGGAAAACCACUAGGCAGCCAAAGUCUGUGGGAGGGUCAUGUGCAAACUAUUCAACGUAUUCAGAAUAUUGCUAGUCAGAUACAAAUUAAAGAGCCUGGUCCAAAUAUACGCCCAAAACUACAUGAUCUGCCAGAAGAAUGUGUUCGAGAAAUUAUCUUAAGGAUAACUGAUUACAAAGAUUUAGACGCAUCAGCGUCAGCCUGGUCGAUGAUGGCUGCACUGAUCUCCGAACAACGGGUGUGGCGAGAGUUAUCGCACUUCCACUUCACCAAACUACAAAUCGACGUUAUUAUGGAAAAAAUGUCUCUUCAAGACACAAAAGAACGCCACCGAAACUGGCAAGCUAUUUACCAUGCUCUUCGAAAAACUUACGGAGUACCCGAGGAACUACAAUACGCUGAAAUUUUAGCCUUCUGUCGACUUUGCCGCUGUCUAUUUUGGCCAUCUGCUGGCCAUCCGUGUAUUGUGGACCAAUAUCCGGAUAUACGGCAACGCAUACGAGAGGCAGGUAAUGAUGACAACACCGAAACUCAACCGGUACCACCUGCACAAUUCCUCAAGUAUUUUUCAUUGUAAUUUGGUAAUGAAAUUACGAAUUUGAUCGCAACCAACAAUUAGAGCGCAAAUUUUGUCUAUGGAACAACUCAAACGCAAUUUGUAUUUCCGAUUGAGAAUAAAUGGAAUAUACAUGGAAUUGAAAAGAAUCAGUAAUUAUGAUCACCUUGCCGACUAUCAGCAUAGCAUAACAUAAGUGUUCAGAGUGAUAUUUCACAAAAAUGCAAACUCAAUAAGAAUCACACAUAAAAACGAUUUUUUGAACUACCGAACAAGAUAAUAUAUUUUGAAAGCAGAAUAUAUUCUUCAGAUUUGGGGUAUAAAUAAAAAUGACGUUAUCAUCUAUACAAGAAAAUACAAACGUCACAACGAGUUAGCUAUUUACAGUUUCGGUAGCAUCUGUAAAUCAUACAACUUAUCAAAUGCAAUGCGGUUGAUAUUGUAUUUGCACUUCUAAAUGCUUUACAGUAUGCAUUUCAAUAGUGAUAUAACGUGAUUGGUUUUCUAAAUGCUUUUGUGUAGUGCAGAAGAUGAAAAGAACAUUAAGUAAUGAGCAUCGCAACGGUAUCACUGUGGAACAUUACUUUUUUCGAACAAUUGCUAAAAUCGAAGCCACAGUUUUAAUAUGCAGUAGCUAAAUAAGUGAAAAAUCAGUUUGAAGUUCAGUGUAAACUGUAAUGCUUACGGUAAUGUUUUAAUUAUUUUGUGUUGUGAAAUCAAAUUUCUUUAAAAAAGAAUGUUUUGAACAAUAGAUAGGUUUCAACCCCAACCAUGGUAAUGCGGUAAGUUUGAACCAACUCGCAUAUAGGUUUAGAUUGUGUUGAACAAAAAUCUAAGGAGAAGUCUAUUCACUUUACAACAAAGUUGUUAGAUCUUCUAUCAUAUUUUGCUUUUUAUAUUAAAUCGAGGAGACUAUCUUUUUCAUUUUACUAUCUGGAUUAAGAACGUCUGUCGGUAUCGUUAGAAAUAUUAAUUCGAGUCCAUAAUAAAAAUGCACCAGUGA